GCGUCGCGUAAACGCGCUCUUCAACCUCUAAUUCUUCAAUUGCAACGAACUGCGGCAACCCAACAGAAACCAUCCUCUGUUUCAACUACACUGGCGCUCUCUCAACUCGAAUAAAUUGCCGCUAAAGCCGCAGAAACCACUUUUCCCUCUUCGUAUCUCCUACCUACUUCCGUUUUGUCCUUUUUUUCAGUAGUGAAUCCUCCGCCAUGGCACUACUCCAGUAUCGCGCACCCGUCAAGUAUGCGGUCCAGCAAGAGCUUUUCAAGGACUUCCUUGAGACUUUUAAGAGCUUCGAAUCAGCUUCAGAGGCCGCGGCCACCGAAGCAAUCGAAGGCCUUCAUAUUGACGGCGAUGUCAUGAGCGACGAGUACGAUUUCAUGGACGAUGUCGAUGGUCAACGCACAAGAACUACGCGAUCAAAGGGACCGAAAUUGAAGUAUAUGCAGAUGCUGCAAGAAGUUGCGGAUCGGACAAGGUCCAAUAUUCUUAUAGAAUUAGAUGAUCUAGACACAUAUGUCAAAUCCCUGCCCGAUGGCCCUAAUUCAAACAUCCUCGACAACAUCGAAGGUAAUGCGAAGCGAUACAUUGAUGUAUUCUCUGAUGCGGUUGACGAAAUAAUGCCCAAGGAGACCAGAGAAGUCUCAUUUAAAGAUGACGUCCUUGAUAUAAUCAUGUCUCAACGAGAGCGAAGAAACGAAACAAUGACCCUGGCAGCUGAAGCAGAUCCCGAUUCUGAAGCUGGCAUGCCACCCUCAAUUUUCCCUCCUGAACUGACUCGCCGCUAUACCCUGACCUUCAAGCCAUUGACCGCUUCAGGCUCGAGCACUGAUCGAAGCAAGGCAAUGGCCGUUCGCCAUGUUCGUGGUGAACACCUUGGCCACCUUAUUACUGUGCGAGGCAUUACGACAAGAGUUUCAGACGUCAAGCCUGCGGUCAAAAUAAACGCCUACUCUUGCGAUCGUUGCGGAUCAGAAGUUUUCCAACCUGUUGUCACAAAGCAAUUUGCGCCCCUUUUUGAGUGCCCGUCUGUUGAAUGCACACAGAAUAACACCAAGGGCCAACUAUUUCUUUCUACCAGGGCUUCAAAAUUCAUUCCAUUCCAAGAAAUUAAGAUUCAGGAAAUGGCAGAUCAAGUUCCCGUUGGCCACAUUCCGCGCACCCUAACGGUCUACUGUAAUGGAAGUCUUGUACGACAAGUUAAUCCUGGUGAUGUGGUUGAUAUUUCUGGCAUCUUCCUCCCGAUACCUUACACUGGAUUUAGGGCCAUCAAAGCCGGCCUGCUUACAGAUACUUAUCUUGAAGCCCAGCACAUAACCCAGCAUAAAAAGGCCUAUGAGAAUCUUGUCCUGGACUCGCGAGCCCUCCAAAAAAUUACUCAACAUCAAAGUUCAGGAAACAUGUACGAAUACCUCUCGCGAUCCAUAGCACCUGAAAUCUACGGUCAUCUUGACGUGAAAAAGGCGCUGCUUCUACUUUUGAUUGGAGGAGUCACCAAGGAGAUGGGUGAUGGAAUGCGUAUUCGUGGUGACAUUAAUAUCUGUCUUAUGGGUGAUCCCGGUGUUGCCAAAUCUCAGCUAUUGAAAUAUAUCACUAAGGUUGCUCCCCGCGGUGUUUAUACUACUGGUCGCGGAAGUAGUGGUGUGGGCCUUACAGCAGCGGUGAUGCGGGAUCCAGUUACAGAUGAGAUGGUGCUAGAGGGGGGUGCUUUGGUCUUAGCGGACAAUGGUAUAUGUUGUAUUGACGAAUUCGAUAAAAUGGACGAUGGUGACCGGACUGCAAUUCAUGAGGUCAUGGAACAGCAAACGAUAUCCAUUUCCAAAGCGGGAAUUUCAACCACUCUCAAUGCUCGUACUUCAAUUCUUGCAGCGGCCAAUCCCCUCUAUGGCCGAUAUAACCCGCGUAUAUCACCCGUUGAAAACAUUAACCUCCCAGCGGCCCUUCUCUCUCGAUUUGAUGUCCUUUUCUUGAUGCUGGAUACUCCUUCUCGUGAUGCUGAUGAGGAGCUUGCUAACCACGUCGCAUACGUUCAUAUGCACAACAAGCAUCCCGAAACAGACGACAAUAACGUGGUCUUCACACCCCACGAAGUCCGACAAUAUAUCGCCAAAGCGCGUACCUUCCGCCCCAAUGUCCCCAAGCGAGUAUCCGAGUACAUGGUUGGCUCCUACGUUCGGCUUCGCCAGGAACAAAAACGUGACGAGGCCAACAAAAAACAAUUCUCACAUACGUCUCCACGUACACUGCUAGGCAUACUUCGUCUGUCACAAGCUCUUGCCCGCCUGCGAUUCAGCGAGGAAGUAAUCACAGAAGAUGUGGAUGAGGCCCUCCGUCUAACCGCGGUGAGCAAGGCGAGCUUAUAUCAUGAUUCCCAAGGAGGUGAUGAUCAGAGCCCCAUGAGCAAGAUCUACAAUCUCAUCAGGGGUAUGCGAGAGAGUGGUGCCGCGGCCGUGGAAGAUGGGAAUGAAGGGGAGCUGAGCAUGCGGAGAGUAAGAGAAAGGGUCCUCGCGAAGGGUUUCACGGAUGAUCAACUGAGCCAGACCAUUGAGGAAUAUGCAAAGCUAAAUGUCUGGCAAAUUAUUAGCAAUGGAACGCGCCUCGUUUUUGUUGAGAUCGACGAUGACGACGAGAUUAUGAAUAUGAUAUGAGAGCAUCGAAUACACGUUUGUGGAAGAACAGCGGGGAAAAGCGGCACUUCUGUUAUGGAGGAAUAUCCCCGAAUGUUGUUCCUUGUAAAUUUCGGUGUCACUGAUAUCACGUUUAUACUAAUGUAUCUGAUUUGUUCUAUUUUGCUUCAAAUGCUUCUCGUGUCACACGCAAGGUCAGGUAUGCAAUAGGUGUUGGUUUCUUUUAUGAAUAUUGGCAUGGGCGUUGUUGAUACAUGGCAGGAAGAAUAUUUUAAGAACGUCAAGAAUUUUUUUUAUAUUUUAUAUUUUUUCUUUUUGCUUCUCACCCUUGAAGCUUAACCCCUGAAAUUAUUAGACCAAAAUUUCAUCAUGCCAACUUCUUGCUAGAUUUUUGAGUGGUUUCUUAUCUGACAUCAGUUUGCUGACUUGGCGGAAUCUUAGAAAGCAGCUUUAACCAAGGGAAUUGAGAUGAUGGCCUUGGUGGAGACAAAACGACUUCAACGACACACAUCCUCUCAAAUCACCACUAUCUACCCCAUACUACUCCAUACAUAUGUAUGUACUGAUCUUGAACACCUAUUUCAAUAACUGUGGCAUGAAAGAGGGAGAUGAAUCGACAUUGAUGAUGGAGGACCUGAUACGAAGGCGUGGCGUGUCUAACUGUUCCCACAAUUCAACAAUCGAAGAGCACAAGCCAUUUAUAUCAGAGCACCAUUUCAACAGGCAUUUAGAACUUUUGUCCCACAUCGCCAGAGAAUACGAACAAGCGGCGGGAUUUCAAUAUGGAACUUGAAAGAGCAGUGCUGCAAACCUCCGAGUCAUGUGUGAAGGGGUUGGAAAAAUCGUUCCGAAUAUUACCCCCGUCACGAGGGUUUGGCCUCAGCCGCGACGAGUUGCGGGAAAUUGAAACGGAAGAAGAGUGCAGACAAAACCGGCCAACAAAAACGAAAAGCACUUUCCUGGAAUGCGCGGCAAAGAAGAGCAAAACAAGUCCACAUGAGCAGCUACAUGUACUGUACAUGUACAUACAAAUGGAUGUAUCGGUUAUUCGGUCGUGAGAUAGACCGCAUACGCUGCAUACAUGAGCAAGUAGGCUUCGACGACUCGGUCCUUCCAAGACACGGGCAUUGUUUGUCUUAAAACCAUAAGGGAAAAGAAAACGCAAAAAAUAUAAUGAAAAAGUAUUCGACGUGCGCGUCGAGGAAAGGUUCCGUGUUACCCCGAAGGCUUCACUGGAAGCGAGAUCGGUUGAUACAAGGGCAGGCAGGCUCUCAAUGACAGUACAUGCCAACUUGCUAGGUUUCUGAUGCUGUGAACAAAAAAGCCAAUAUGUAACUUAUUGUGCCACACAUUAUUAUUUACUCAAAAUCCGGUGGACGCUUUGACGUUUCUGUUUUUCUUUUUCCUUUUCUUUUUCUUUUCUUUGUUUUCUUAGGUAAAAACAU